AUGCGGUUUUAUUCAGUCACAGCAGUUUUAUCUCUGCUAUGUACUCAAGCAAUAGCGACUUCACCAAGCGAUUCGGCUGCAAGUUAUAAUAAUCUCAAUUCAUUCAUUGCUUCCGAGAGAAAAAUUGCUUUACAAGGCGUUCUCAAUAAUAUUGGACCAGAUGGAUCAAAAGUGUCAGGAGCAGGCAACUAUGUUGUUGCAAGUCCAUCUAAAGCUAAUCCGGAUUGUGAGAGCAACAUUCUCGAUUUCUACACCUGGACACGAGACUCCGCAUUGACGUUAAAGAUGAUUGUUGAUGAAUUUAUCUUUGGCAAUCGUGCACUUCAACCUCAGAUUGAGAAAUAUGUAAAGGCUCAAGCUAUCCUCCAAACUGUUACGAAUCCUUCUGGUUCUCUUCUUUAUGACGGUCUUGGUCUCGGUGAACCAAAAUAUAAGGUUGAUGGUACCCAAUUCAAUGGUGCAUGGGGUAGACCUCAACGUGAUGGCCCAGCUCUUCGUGCUAUUGCUUUAAUGGCUUAUAGUAAUUGGUUGAUAAAUCAUGAUCAAUUUCAAAGAGCCAAGCUAGUUAUAUGGCCUAUUAUUUCAAAUGAUCUUUCGUACAUCGGGGAGUACUGGAACUCAACUGGGUUCGACCUCUGGGAAGAAGAACUUGGCUCAAGCUUCUUCACCUUACAGAAUCAGCAUCGUGCUUUUAUUGAAGGUCAAACUUUGGCUAAUAAGCUGGGAGUUGAAUGUACAGGAUGUCUUAAUGCACCCGAAGUCCUUUGUUUUCUCUCUCAAAGUUUUUGGAAUGGUGAAUAUAUCAUCUCAAAUGUUAAUGUGGAUAAUGGAAGGACUGGAUUAGAUGCAAAUUCUAUCCUUGGUUCAAUAUCUAUUUUCGAUGUUGAUGGGUCAUGUGAUAGUCCAAAUUUACAACCUUGUAGUAGCAGAGCGUUGUCAAACUUUAGGGCUGUUGUCAAUAGCUUUCGAGGGAUUUAUGGUAUCAAUGCUGGUAUUAAGAAUAAUUCAGGUAUUGCUGUUGGAAGAUAUGCUGAAGAUAUUUAUCAAGGAGGAAAUCCAUGGUAUUUAAUCACCACUGCUGCCGCAGAAUUUCUCUAUGAUGCUGUUGCACAAUGGAAAAAUCAGAAAGCCCUGACCGUUGACUCGAUAUCCAUCAACUUCUUCCGCGAUCUCUAUCCAACCAUCAAGCUUAAAAGCUAUACCAACAAGGACAACGAAUUUACCAAAAUACUGAACGCUAUUACAACAUAUGCCGAUUCUUUCGUCACAGUCGCGCAAAAAUACACACCCGUAGAUGGAUCUCUAGCUGAACAAUUCGAUCGCAAUACUGGCACCCCCAUCUCGGCAAAUGACCUAACAUGGAGUUACGCAGCAUUCGUCACAAUGGCCCAAAGACGUUCUGGUCAAUAUCCCGCCAGCUGGGGAAGUUCAGCAUCAUCAAUCCCACCACCAAACUGCGCACCUUCAUCAACUCAAGGCGUAUACAUUCCAGCCAUUGCAGCAGGCGCCCCAAACAUCACAGCAACAUGUAAAUACGCGGUUCAAUUCUACGUCAACGCUACAACAUAUUAUGGCGAAAAUAUAUAUGUCAUUGGUAACACGACGGAUCUCGGGAAUUGGGAUUUAAAUAGCGCGUUGCCGAUGAAUGCGGGGAUGUAUACGACGGAAUAUCCAUUAUGGUAUGUGGAUACGAAGCUGACGGCGGGCGAUACGGUUAGUUAUGUUUUUGUUAGACAGCAGGAUUGUGGUCAAGCUCCGAUUUAUGAGAGUGGGAAUAGGACGGUUACGGUUCCGGAAUGUGGGACUGGAGGGACGAAGGUGGUUAGGGCUGCUUGGGCUGGGAGUGUGGGGAGUAGUGGGAGUUGUUGA